AUGCUAUUCCACAAACAACGCGUUGUAAAAAUCGCUGGGGAGUUCGUAUAUUUGAAGAUUGGCAAAGUUGGCGAGAAAAUCAAUCCUUUCAAUCCUGUAUCACGAACAUUGUUUAAUGUUCAUGUGGAUGACCUCGAAGGCUGCAUUCCCAGUUAUCUGGACAUCAAUACGCACAAAUACGCAGAUGACUGCACUCAAGAUGAAGUGAUUCCAUAUGGUUCUACUAGCAACAUGCAAGAGGUGCUUGAUACAAUGAACGACUGGACACUCAGAAACAAGGUGAAACUUAACGCGAAAAAGACGAAAGACAUGUGGAUCUGCUUUAAAGCUGCAAUUCCGGAACCACCAUCACUUAAGAUUGGUGAUGAUACGAUUGAAAGAGUAAACUCGUUCAAGCUGUUAUGUCUUUGGAUUAAUGAUACCCUUAAAUGGAACACCCAUAUUGAAGAAAUUACAAAGAAAGUAAACAAACGCUUAUUCUACCUAAGGGAAUGUCGUCGAGCAAAUCUACCAACCAAAGUUGGUUUAACGUGCUAUAAAACCAAAUUAAGACCGGUUCUGGAAUAUGCGGCCCCAAUAUGGGGUGGUCUGCCACAAUACCUUACAGACGAACUGGAGAGUAUCCAGACUAGAAGUUAUUUCUAAUUGCAGCUAACUAUAUUUAGAAACAAUUCUAAACAUAGCAAUUAAAUAUAUUUGCAUAAUCUUUUGUUUACUGCUCAAUUUCUCUAUUGUUCGAAGCCCUUCCCACUUGAAGAAAUGAAAGUCCUGGUCUAGACGGGGUAUCCAGAUAGAUACAUGUGAUGUAAAUUACACCAUGUCAUUGCCCGAAAUGCUAUGAAUACAGUAUCUAAUGAUGUGUGAUAAGGUCAUUACACCGUUACGCAGUUAAACCGUACAUAAAUGCGCAAGCAACAGUUAAUGCUCUCAUAGUCUUUCUAACCAGGAACUCUACGCACGUGGUACACUUUCAGCGAUUACAGAAAAUUACAAUUGGAACCUCGAAGCCCAUGA